GUCAGUAUAGCGAGAAAAACACGACCUGGCUUCAGUAUUUUUCGACUGUUCUGUUUCUCAAAUUGAAAGUUUACUGGUCUGAUAGUGUGAUAAAGUGUAUUUUCAUUGAACUAGGCCGAUAUUGUCGCGGUGACUUGAUCAGUCAUGUGUGUAGGAAACAUAUAAUAUUCAAACAAUAAAAUUUUCUCAUUUGUUCUUUUGUUGUAAUCAUAUUCAACCACAAAUAAUUCGAAAUGACAUUCACUAGCUCUAAAAUAUUCGCUUCAGUUUAUUCGAUAAAUUUAAAGAUAAGUAAAACAAGAGAAAAAAUAUCACUCAGAAUAUGUAGACUAUCACGAUGCAUCAUUAUUGGUUAGAAGAAAGAUGCAUCUUCAAUGAGAAAAGUGUCUCAACCUGUUGCUCUAGACUCCUUUUGCUGGCUUGGGAAGCAUGCAUCUGUACAUAUGUGAUACAAAUGUUUGGGAAUCCGCAAAGGUACAAAGUGAGCCUUCAACGACUCGAAAACAGACAUGCAACUGCAGGAUGUCUUCUUGCGCUAUUGUUUAGUGUACCCCUCCUGGCUCGUGCCCAUAGCAUGCUCAUCAUAGGACCAUUAGUGAUGGCUUACGUCACAGUAGCUGUGCCUCUAGCUGCCGGCUACUUCACCCUCGGUGAUCUUUUCUCGUCAAUUAAAAAACUUUUUUCGACUUUCAGAGCUGGAGGUUGGCUUCAAAUUCGACUAAUAAACUUAACUCUUCUCCUCCAGUGGCUGCAUAAUGUUUAUUUACAUCUUGAAAAUAUCCAUACCACUACAAAUCAGGUUUUCUUCAAUAUGCUUGUCGAGAAAGUGAUAUGUCCAGAUCAACGCUUCUCCUGUCUGUAUGUUCUGCUUUUCUACACAGUGCUAGCUUACUUACAUCAGUCUCUAAAGAAACGACAGUGGAGUCAAGUUCUGAAUGAAACGUCGACGACUGACUUCAUUCGGUUGACGACAGCGUUUGUGGUGGCCAGACUGGGAAAGGCCGUGGUCAUGGGACUUGUGUUACUAACGUUCUCAUUACAAUUCAACCAUCUUGAGCCACCCUUCCUCUAUGUACUCAUAACACUGCUGUAUUUCCUCUUGUCUCAAUAUCCAGGUACUCCUGGCGACGAAUCGAAAGCUGUGUUAUUUGUGCGACAAUUCGAAGUACAUGAACUGGAGGGUUUAGAAGAGUGGUACAUACCUCUCUCAUCAAGGCUCAUUUGUGUGAUUACGUCUCUACUUUUCAUACCGCUGGGUGUAAUAAGUAACAGUCAUUGGAUACUUGCCACAGUAGUAAGCUACACUAACGUGUUGAUACCGUGGAUGAGACUAGUGGAAGAGUGCUGGCGACCCCUGAGCGUGCACCGUCUUAGUCCGUCCGUCUAUCCGGUCGCAACGGUGUCGGAUCUGAACCGGAUCGGAGAGCAAGUGUGCGCCAUCUGCCUUGACGGCAUGCGUCCGUUGUCGUCACGUGUCACGCCCUGCAAUCACGUGUUUCACGCGCACUGCCUUAGGAAGUGCAUCAAACAGUUCAGACAUUGUCCUCUCUGCAAACAUGUUUUGUGAAUAAAAAUAAUUCCACGUGUAA